AUGGAUGGUACACAUGUUCCAGCACAUCCUUCACCCGGAGAGCAAGUGGCGUACAUGAAUAGGCAUGGCCAAGCAACUCAAAAUGUACUAGCCAUUUGUGAUUUUGAUAUGCGCUUUUCAUAUAUUUAUGCUGGUUGGGAAGGAAGCGCCCAUGAUGCACACGUCUUGGAUGGAGCACUAACAGGACCUACACAUUUUUCGAUGCUCCCUCCAGGAGCACUCAAUUCUUUUUCAAAUUGUUUUGCUUCUGUGCAACUGUGGUAUGUGAGAAAAUACUACCUUGUGGACUCAGCAUACAGAAAUAUUCCUGGAUUCCUUGCACCUUAUCGUGGAACACCUCGACAACCUGCACAGGGUCGACGUGGGUUUUCCUCCCUGAAGCAACUUUUCAAUACUCGUCAUUCAUCACUUAGAAAUGUAAUUGAGAGAUGCUUUGUGGUGCUUAAUAGGAGAUUCGCUAUCCUACGCGGUCCUGUACCUAAUUUUUAUAUGAGUACACAGAUAAAUGUGGUGAUAGCUUGCUGCACUUUACACAAUUUCAUACGGGAUGAAUUGCCAGAUGAUGACAUAUUCAAUUAUCAUGAUCAAGAGAUGGAUAUCGAGGGAGAAGGAGGGGUCCCACCAAUGCCAGAAAUUCAACCCCUAAGUGCCUCAUAA